AAACAAUGCGUUGGAGACCCGCGUAUGGCGCAGUCAGGAUACAAAGCUGUCUUCCACUUCAGCAACCGCUAAACCCUUUCGAAAGAAUCCCCAAAUCUCGCACGCUCCAAGGCCCGAAACCCUAGCCCUCUGCUUCGUCCCUACCACCGUCCCCAUGGCGCCAGGGCUCAAACGCUUCACCGACGUCGCCGGAGACGGCACGCCCCGCCUCGACGACGCCGCCGGCGAGGAGCUCGUGUGCGUGGAGCGCGCCGCCUCGGUCGCCCUCGGCAGCCGCGCGCCGGAGCCCCCGGGAACGCUUUUCAUCACCACCAGGAGGGUGAUUUGGCUCAGCGAGGCGGAGAAGGGCAGAGGAUACGCGGUGGGCUUCCUGGACAUCACGCUCCACGCAGUGUCGCGCGACCCGGAGGCGUACCCCUCGCCGUGCCUCUACACUCAGAUUGAAGCCGAAGCUGACUCCGAUGAAGAGGAUGGUGAUCUUGACUCUGAAGCAGAUAGUGACUCACAACUACCAAAAAUCUCUGAGAUGCGUAUUAUACUGGCAGACGCUGCCCAACUAGAUUCACUUUUUGAUGCCUUCUGCCAUUGUGCUGAACUGAACCCUGAUCCUACUGCUGAAGAAAAUGAAGAUAGUGACUUGUUCCAUGGUGAGGGUAUGACCAAUGGUGGUUGGAUUCAUGGUGAUGAAGAUGAACACAUGGUUGAUGGAAUCGACCCUGAGUUUUUUAUUCCCAACCCGAUAGGUCAAAAUGGUGGAGAUGACCUCAGUUCUUCAGUACUUGAGCUUCAAAUCAAUGACCAGCGUUUCGAGGAUGCCGAGGAAGAGGAGGCCCGUGAAAAUGGGCAUUAGAGCAGCUAUAUGCUCGUUCUACUGAUCAUGUCCCUCGAGAGGACCGUGUUUUUUUAAAGUUUGGUUUAAGAUUACUGUUGGUGCAGCUUGGUUGUCCUCGUGCUGUUUCGUCCACACUUUGCUUUUGUCCUUUCUAAUGCUAUAGGAUCGAGGACUCUGGGGCGGUCGUGUAGAGUUGCGUCGAUGGUAACUUAUGUGAGAGAAGGUCUUGCUUGCUGGUCAAGAAUGUAACUUGUAGAGCUUGGUGGAGAAUCGAAUUGAUGGAUUUGAAUAACUUUUGACCUAACAAAUAGAAGGGGGAGAUGGGGGGAAAAGUAGCAACAUGUACUCUUUCGAAA